AAGUUACGUGUCCACAAAGGCAUCGAAUUUUACAGCGGAUCGCCUCCCCUCCUCCCAUCUCCUCACCGCCACACCCACACUAAACAUCGAUUUGCAGACUCUCUCGGUCUCUACUGCUUCAGAGAAUUAAUAUGGACACAUAUCUCUUCCUCCAAUAAACAAUAUAGCGGGUUCAUCAUCGGAUUGGGUUCUUCAUAAAGUUAACGAGAUUCAGCAGUGUGUGGGGCUUUCAUAUGAGGGAUGCGAUGACCAAUUUGCAGCACUACUCACUGUGAUUGAGGCGGGCCACUCGCUUGAAACCAAAUCAAGAUUUAAAAAAAGCAGGGAGUUAAAAUGUUUUUCUUGGACAAUUAACUACGACUCUAAGGGAAGUAGGUCGAGUCGAGAGAAGACUAAAGGGAGGGCAUUAUGAAGCUAUCCUCGUAGAGGGAGUUUCGGGUUGAGGUUGGGGAGGCUGCCGUGAAAAUUCUGAGACACCAGUGAUUUUGUGAUGGCUUCGAAAAGGAUCAACAAGGAGUUGAAGGACCUCCAGAAAGAUCCUCCUGCUUCAUGCAGUGCCGGCCCUGUGGCUGAUGAUAUGUUCCACUGGCAAGCAACAAUUAUGGGCCCAGCAGACAGCCCAUUUGCUGGGGGUGUGUUCCUUGUAUCCAUUCACUUUCCACCAGAUUAUCCGUUCAAGCCACCCAAGGUUUCCUUCCGGACAAAAGUUUUCCACCCUAACAUCAAUAGCAAUGGUAGCAUCUGUCUUGACAUCCUCAAAGAACAAUGGAGCCCUGCCCUUACCAUAUCCAAGGUCCUGCUCUCAAUAUGCUCACUGUUGACCGAUCCAAAUCCAGAUGAUCCUCUGGUGCCUGAGAUAGCCCACAUGUACAAGACUGAUAGGGCGAAGUACGAGACAACAGCCCGAUCCUGGACCCAGAAGUAUGCCAUGGGCUAGGGUGGUUGUGCUGUAUGAGCGAAUAUAUCAUGGUUAAAUUUAUGAUAUUAGUAAAUAAAUAGAUGUAAUCUGGUAUAAAGAUUAAAGAACUUGCACGGUCUGUUGUGUUGUCUCCUGUGUUUGUCAUUGGGAAAUUCUCUCUGGGGGGUUUCUUCGCGUGAGAUAAUCUUACUUUUAAGACAUGGCAUAGUUAUGUGGAACUUGGUGGCAAAAUCGUAUUUUGUUUUGCUCGUCA